ACAACUUCUCAUUAAAAAAAUCUCUAUCUUCACUUCGUUCGUGUUCUUGUUUCUGUCACAAAUUCUUCAAGAACGAAGAGUAGUAGUAAUGGCAGGAAACAAAAGAUCACAUGGCAGCAAGAGGUUCUCUAUCUUCAGCUUCUUCAAAUCACGAAGGUCUCACAGAGUGGAAUUGGACGCCUCUUGGGACGACGUCGUUUACACCCGCAAAGCAAUGGCUAGUGAUGAAGACAAACGUUAUUGGGUCGCUGAACCAGGUAUCGACCGUAAAGCUUCUGCCUUCAUCGCCAAGUUUCAUGCCACUCGUGUCUCUGAGUCCGAGCGUCAGACUCACUCUCCUUACCGAUCCGACAAGGCAUGAUCAUGGAUAUGAUAAUCAGUGUGUGUGGCUGAUUUGAUUCUAUGUAAUUAAUCGUCUUUCUCUAUUAUCUUUGUUAUAAUUCAUUGAUUGUGUCCUUCCUAAAUGUAGCUUCUCAUUCUUUCAUCGUAUAUGAGGUGUGUUUUGGUUGUGAUGAUUGUGUCAGGUAAUAAAAACCAAUUAAAAGUAACCAGGUUCGACGUUGUAUAGUUCC